UUGCGGGGUCAGGCUCGGGCGCGGAGCGACCGAGGCACCGAGAACUCAGAGGCACCAUGUCGGAGCAGGCUGGGGACGCCCGUCAGAUUCCCUGCAGCAGCAAGGUGUGCCGCCGCCUCUUUGGCCCGGUGGACAGCGAGCAACUGCGCCGUGACUGUGACGCACUGAUGGCCGGCUGCGUGCAGGAGGCCCGCGAGCGAUGGAACUUCGACUUCAUCACCGAGACGCCGCUGGAGGGCGAUUUCGCCUGGGAGCGUGUGUGGGGCCUCAGCCUGCCCAAGCUCUACCUGCCCACGGGGCCCCGGGGGUGCCGGGAUGACUUGGGAGGGGGCAAGCGGCCUGGCGCCUCACCUGCCCUGCUGCAGGGGACAGCACAGGAAGACCACGUGGACCUGUCGCUGUCCUGCACCCUUGUGCCUCACUCAGGGGAGAGGUCCGAGGGGUCCCCAGGUGGGCCUGGAGCCUCUCAGGGACGGAAGCGGCGGCAGACCAGCCUGACAGAUUUCUACCACUCCAAGCGCCGACUGAUCUUCUCCAAGAGGAAGCCCUAAUCACCCCCGCUGGAGGCCUCGCUCUUGGAACCGAGCGGCCCCAAAGGCCCCGCCCGCAUCUUCCGCCUUGGUCCUUCAGUUUGUGUGUCUUAAUUAUUAUUUGUGUCAUAAUUUAAACUCCCCCUCGUGUACAUACCCUGCCUGCCCCCCGCCCUCCCCUCCAGCCUCUGCCGUUAGAAUUAUUUAAAAACAAAACUAGAUAGUAGAACGAUAGGCUUCUCAGAGUGCUGGCAAUUUUUAUUCUAUGAAAUAUUAUUUAAAGCCCCCUCAUCCUGUCUCUCUGUCUCCUCCCCCAGAGGUGAGGAGGGUCGGGUGGUCUUCUCUGGAGGCGCCCAGCUCCUUCCACUCAUGAUCUCGUGGGGGUUGGGAUGUUCCACCCUUUCCCUGAACUCUCAGACCCAAAUUCCUUAUGAUUUGAGAAGAAAACAGAUAGCACUUUGAAGGGGGCCCCGUGGAAGAGGGGGUGUCAUCAGAAACGCUGGCAUCCCCCCACCUCCUCUGAGGUCAGGCAGGUGACCUUGAAGUAGACACAGCCUCGAACAGGGCUGGGGACCCGGCCCCCUCCUGGCUCUGGAAACCCCGUGGUGUCCCAUGAUGGCAGGGGAGGGUAGGGUCCUGUAGCAAACCAACCCCACCUCCCCUGGGGCCCCCUCACCCCCACCGGGGAGUCUGCCUCGGUGUUCAGCCUUCUCUCCCCACCAGUUCCCCCUGUACUUUUUCGGGAGCCCCGGCUGCCCCUGCUGUCCGCUGGGCUCUCGAGUCCCCCUCUGCUGCUCUCCCCCACGCCAUGUCCUUUCCCUCCAGUUCCCCCUCAGCUGCAGGUGGAGGCUCUGGGGUGCCUGUCCCCUCACCUCCAGCUCAAUGGACCGGAAGGGAACGGGUCCACACGAGAAGAAGGGCUCCUAGUUCUCACCUCAGGCAGCUCAAGCAGUGACACCUCCUCUUUCGGCUCUGGGACGGGGUCCUGGUGGUGGUGCAGGCCUCCUUAGGUGGGGAUCUCUCCGAAUUGGGGAUGCGUGGUGGGGGAAAUGGUUCUUUCUAGGAGAGAGACACUGGCUAGCAGAAGUCAUCCAGCGACCUUCCCCAGUUGCCCCGUCCCGUCCCCAUUUCAUUGCACUUUGAGUAGCAGUUGAACAAGGAGUCAAGUGUCUCAAGAUGAUGGAAGUGGAGGCUAUGGAUAGGGCACACAAAGUGGGCUAACACAGGGCUGGGAGCGGUGGGCCGUCGUCUUUCUCGGCACUGAACACUGAGCCCCUGGGGGCACCGAAGCACUUAGUGGGUCUGACCCCAAACACUUUCCAGCUCCCGUAACAACCUGGCCUGGACUGUUUUCUUUUCGCUCCCCACAUGUCCUGGUUCCCCUGUCCCUCCACCUAGACUGUAAGCCUCAGGGGCAGGGACCAUGCUCUGUAUUGCUCUGUCCUUCACAGCCCCUCCCACAAUGCUGGGUAUACAGCAGGUGCUCAAUAAACAUGUCUUGUUGACUUUACUCAUAA